GAUCCUUCUACCCAGGAAGAGGUUUUUCGUGAACAGUUUUACUUUCGUUUAAUGCAAGAAAUUGGAAAUCCGAUAACAGAGUUUGGCUUGUUAUCUGAUUUUUCAUUUUGGUUCAAUAAACGAAAAAGCUCGUUUCUUUAGUUUUUUUUUGUUUAAAACGAAGAAAAAAAAACGUCUGAAGGUACACGGACCUACAGUGACGACAGUCCGCAUUUCAACGAGGAAAUGGGGUACAAUGAAUGUCACCGUGAUCCCAAAUGUAAUACAGAUCAGUGAAGUUGGGUUUGUGUGAAAACAGACAUCUGAAGUUAUGGCUUGUACGUCACAGUCAGCCUUGAAAUAUGUUGUGAAUGCCAGACCUCACCUUGUUGGAGAAUUAAAGAGCCUCUCAGUGAUUCUUGAGAACUUGUAUCAGCAAGGAGUUCUCAUUGAUGAAGAGGUCAGCAAGAUAAAGGCAGAGAAAGACGACUAUGACAGAACCAGAGCAAUACUGGACUCAGUCACUAGAAAAGGUGAAGACGCCUGCUACAGGUUUCUAAGGAUUAUUGACCAGACGAGGAGGAGAACCUUAGAGAGACCAACAAAUGAAGCUUCAACUGAGGCUAAAAGCUUUGACCUGCACCACUGGAUCAGCUGCUUUCCUUUCAAAGAAGAUGCAGAAAUGCAGCAAAACUACAUACGAGGUCCAAAGCCAUGCUGUAAAUAUCAGACCAAGUUAAAAUCUAAAGCAAAAAAAUUAUUAGAGAACUUCUGGAGGGCAAGUAAAGAUCUUUUUGCAGAAGACAAGAAGCCUGAUCUCUUUUAUAGGGCAGUUGCAUUUGAUAUCCAAGGAAAAAUUUCUCCAUCCAAAAUAAAGAAAAUUAAAAACAAUAAAAGCAAGAAGUUACGUCCUAAAAAGUUAAGGACUUAUAUUCCAGAGAACAAACCUGAAAUCUCCCCUAGUGACCUGCUGAAAACUGAUAAAAACAUCCUCCUGGUUGGGAAACCUGGUAUUGGAAAGACGACUCUGAGUCAUGAAAUAUUGAGACUGUGGUCAGAAAGAGACAACAAGGAGCUGGAUUACAUGUUUUACGUUGACAUGAGAAAAUUAACCAACAUCCCACCAACCAUGAGUUUGGAGGAUCUACUUUUCACUGCAUGCAGUGAACCAGAUGAGGGCAAAGAUGAAGUCUUACAGGACAUAAAGAGCCACUCUGAUCAUGUUACAGUCAUUUUAGAUGGAGUCACAGAUUUCUCUACAUCAGUUGUGGAGAAACUUGUUGAGAAAGAUCUCUUACCUGAUGCUAAAAUCAUCAUUACCUGCAGACCAGAUGAUGAGGAAGACCUCUGUCCUGAAGACUGGCUCAGAGUGGAGGUGAAAGGCUUCAGUGAGGAAACAAUAAAGACAUAUUUGUCUUCAGUUUUGGGUGAAAAUCACAGGAAGGUUCUGAGUAACGUGGAGCUGUUGACUCUUUGUCAUGUUCCAAUGUACGCACUGAUGGUGGCUGCCAGCUUUUCAUCUGAAGACUCUCUGCAGCCCAGAACUCUUUUCAUCUGA